AUGUACGCACUAAUUUUCCUCUUCUUCGUCUUUUUCUUCUUCUUUUCUUCUUUUUCUUUUCUUCCUGUAUCACUGCUAUAUUUCUUCUUCUUCUUCUUCUUCUUCUUCUUCUUCUUCUUCUUCUUCUUCUUCUUCUUCUUCCAAUGCUCUUUUGUCACCGUCACUUACUCUUUCUUUAUCUCUCUUUCUUUUUCUUCUUCUCGCCCAACGCAGACUCUCUCUCUCUCUCUCUUUGGGGGGGUUACUCUUUUGUCUUCUGUCUUUCUUUAUCGCUCUCUCUUUUUCUUCAUCUUCUCCUGGCUCAAUGCAGACUCUUUCUCUCUCUCUCUUCCUCUCUCACCUCCUCUCUCUUUCACAUACACACACUCUCCCUUUCCUUCUUUCUCUCUCUCUCUCGCUCUCUCUCUGACAAUCUUUAGGUUGUCUACUCAAAUAUUAUUGUUAUUAUUAUUAUUAUUAUUAUUAUUAUUAUUAUUAUUCUUCUUCCUUUCUUCUUCUUCUUCUUUUCUUCUUCUUUCUUCCUCCUCUGCCUCCUCUCCUUCUUCACCUUCUCCUCCUACUUCUCUUUCUUCUUCUUCUUCUUCUUCCUCUCUGCCUCCUCUCCCUUCUUCACCUUCUCCUCCUACUUCUCUUUCUUCUUCUUCUUCUUCUUCUUCCUCUCUGCCUCCUCUCCCUUCUUCACCUUCUCCUCCUACUUCUCUUUCUUCUUCUUCUUCUUCUUCCUCUCUGCCUCCUCUCCCUUCUUCACCUUCUCCUCCUACUUCUUCUUCUUCUUCUUCUUCUUCUUCAUCCCAUUCUACUCUUUCUUCUCUGCCUCCUCUUUCUUCUUCUCUUUUUUCCUCCUACUCCUUCUCUUCCUUUUUCUUAUGUCCUGCAGUUUUUUUUAUACUCUCCAGCAAGGUUUUAGUACUUUAUUUUUUUCUUGCCUUCUUUAUUUUUGUUAAUUAUUUUUAG